ACACUGCGGACAGAAGUCGAGUCGCACGCGCUUACAAAAAAUCCAUUCGACAAGAGCGCAGGCGCAGCGCUAUAUUCGCCCACAACUUCACUUCGGUCAACUUCGUCAUUUAGUGGUGAUCGAAACUUCGAUGUGUGUGGAAGUGAAUUUAACUUUUCUAACAUAAUCUCACAAAAAUAACAAUAAUCAGUAACUAAAGUACAAUAUCCUAUUUGAUCGUGUUGGAAUAAACAUUUAACGUGUCAUUAGUUAUAUAAAACGUACUCAUGAUGUGUGAUAAUAACAGUCCUUCAACGCAAAGUAUAGCGGACUACUUAGCUCAGUUGCUCAAAGACAGGAAGCAACUGGCUGCGUUCCCGAAUGUUUUCAUGCACAUGGAGCGACUUCUGGAUGAAGAAAUUGCAAAAGUUCGAGCAAGUUUAUUCCAAAUAAAUGGAGUCAAGAAAGAACCACUCGUUCUACCAGAACCAGAAGGCAUUGUUACCACACUCACAGAAAAAGUUUACGUGCCAGUUAAAGAACACCCAGAUUUCAACUUCGUUGGAAGGAUUCUCGGGCCCAGAGGCAUGACAGCAAAACAGCUGGAACAGGAAACAGGAUGCAAAAUCAUGGUCAGAGGAAAAGGAUCCAUGAGGGAUAAGAAAAAGGAGGAUGCAAACAGAGGAAAGCCAAAUUGGGAACAUUUGGCGGACGACCUGCACGUCCUACUCACAGUUGAAGACACUGAGAACAGGGCGAAGAUAAAGCUGGCCAGGGCCGUCGACGAGGUCAAGCGUCUGCUUAUUCCCCAAGCUGAUGGUGAAGAUGAACUGAAGAAGCGUCAGCUGAUGGAGUUGGCGAUCAUAAAUGGCACAUACCGCGACUCAAGCACCAAGGCGGUGGUACCCGUCAACGGUCAGUGCCUCAUAAUGGAUUCGACAGCGGACGAGGAGUGGCGGCGCGUGGCAGCGGCGGCAGCUGAGACCCAGCGGCUGCUGGCGCCGGGCGGUGGCGUGGGCGGCGUGGGCGGCGGCGUGGCGCUGCGCUCGCAGGCGCCGCUGGGCGCGCCGCUGAUCCUGUCGCCGCGCAUGUCGGCGGGCGCGCAGGCCGGCCUGCUGAACGGCUCGGGCGCGCAGGCGGCCGCCGGCCUGCUGUCCCCCGGCGAGCCCGCGCACCAGCUCAUCUACGCCUCGCCCUACGACUACGCUAACUACGCCGCGCUCACCGCGGCCGCCAACCCCCUGCUCACCACCGAGUACGCCGCUGCUGACCAUACGGCGUCGAGAUAUCUGCUAGCUGGCUUUUGACAUUGGCCGCAUCAGCCCACAAUAAGAUACGGCAGACUGCAAGCGCCGUAUCGCACAACGCAUCAUUAUUACCGUCCUUGAUAUCAUAAUCCUCCUUCUAAACGCCUCACAGGACGUCCUCUUACAGUCAUAAUAAAACGCCAUGAUCAAUUAUACUUUAAGAUAUUAUGUUAAGUACGUUUAGCUUAGCGACUCAUUAUUUUGUACCUACGAUGUUAUCGUCUUGAAUUUUAUUAUUUACAACAUUGUUUUCUUCUACAGCUGUUUUGUACAGUUACAUACAAAUUAUAAUUUUUGUUUUUACUUGACAGUCAAAGAUUUAUAUUAUUUAUUAUAUAACAGAAUAAUUUACUAUUUAUUCAAAUUAAUAUAAUGAUCAAAUAGCUAUUUAUUGAGAAUAUAUUUCUUUUAUAGCAGUUGUCUCGUGUUAGGGUUGAUGGCAGUUGAAUAAUUGUUUUAAAUUAGAUAUUAUUUUAGUUGAAUCUUAACUGCCAAUGGAACUCUAUAUAAGUUACCGAUGUUUACUAUACAAAGACAUAGAGUUUUAUAUAUAUUUAUUUACCUGUCUUGUUACUGAUAUUAUCCUUCACUCGAAUGGAGAUAGAUAUGAUAGAGUCCGUCAUUUAUAGUUCUUGUGAUAACCCUUGCUUGUAACACAACUAAUAUAAUAAUUAACAUACGUUAAUGUCGAUUCAAACUUCGAUAAUUUUUGGAAUAAGUUAAAUCUUACUAUGAAGUAUUAUCAUGUAUUCUAAAAUUCCACCGUAUGCAUGUGGUAUUAUAUUUCAUCUUUAUUUUUUAAUUUCCUGUUGAAUACUUGUGAAUAACAAACGAAAAUUUCGUAUUAACAAUAGUUUUAUCUGAAUGACGCAAUGAGUUGCAUAGAUAAUUCAGUAAUUACAAGCAAAAGGGACCAAAUACAAAUUGAUUUACGAAAACAACACAUUUACAUUUUUUUAACAAAACUGACAAAAUUAAUAACGCGAUACACACUCACAUUACGAACAAAACGUAGAACAUUCUAGGCGGUUGAAAUGUUUAUACGUUUGGCGUGUAACAAUAUCACGAUGUACCCGCAUUGUGCAACCUGCUAUUGUUACAACAACACUCUCGUAACUUAUUAAUUUAUUAGCCAUAUUAUUAUAUUUAUAAACAUACCAUAGGCUAAGUAUUAUUAUUAUCUUUAAAAGAUUUCUAGUUAGGUUAGAAAAGAGUGAGCUUUAUGAGAAUAUUAUACACCCGUAUUUUAUUGUUUAGGUUUAUUAUAUCGCAGUUAACACUGUAGUCAAUUUUAUUUAAAACUGAAAUUAUCGAAGCCAGCCAUUACCUGUACCUUGACCGGGCGUUCGUAAACCCGCUCGUUUAAAGUUUUUUUUUAUUUUGUUAUAUUUUCCAAAGCAAUAAAAUAGAUAAUAGAAUAAUCUAUAGGCCUAAGCAUAAUAAUAGAAGUUAGUGUUACUGCCAAAUGAACAUUUAAUAUAAAAAGAAAUAUGUCUUAGUAUUACCGGAUGACAGUGACGAGUAUUUGGCAGUGAUAACUAGGUACUUGCGAUCGUUUCGUUCCCAAACGAAACAUUUUCUAUUUCUAUUUUAUGAAUCGAGAUUGAGAACUCCUUUGCAGCAUUUAGAUGUAAAGCUCCCAUCACUAGCUCUAUAUAAUCUGUCAGCUUUAAAUCUAUUUGUAUUCCAAAUUCCGUGUGGACUUGUGUAAUAGCACUAAUAGCUGUAUGUAUCGAGGAGCGUAGGGCUGUGUGGGCUGCGAGUGUAGUGUGUUGUGCCGCUAGGUGUGGUGCGGCGCGCGGGCCGGCUCGCGCAGGUGAGGGAGCACCCCUACCAGCGCACGGCCUUACCGGCGCCUUAGGGCCGCACUCGCUCUCACGCCGCCAUAUUGUUCACGAGGUGAGAACCAUGCAGCGACGAUGAAUACGUUUGCUUGUGUUGUCGGUGUCGCACAAACUAUACAACGCGCAUACUAUACAAUGAGGCUGUCCAACCGUUAUAUAUAUGGUUGUGAUAUAAAAUUUUUGCCCGGUUUCAUAAUUGGGCACAAAUUUUGCACCAAUGAGUCUUUAUUUCCAUAACGGUAGAACAAAACUAUAUAGGCCUCAGUACCCUUGGCUAAAAAUUCAAAAUUGUCGCGGAACUUGGGUUGGACAACCUUGCUAUAGAAUCUCUUUUUUAAUGCAUCUCAAUGACUUGCAAGUAUGAAUUACUCAUGUAAUAUCCCUCUUAGUUUUGUGUUUCCGAGCAACCAUAUUCGUCUUGAGAAUGCGUGGGUACCUUUGCUUUACUGUCUCUCUGUGUCACUAUUUUUUAUUUAUUAUAUUGUGUACUUAUUAGUUACGUUCUUGAAUAGUUUGUAUGAGGAUAAGAUGUAAUAUCGCUCUUCGUACCGGAUCUUAGGUGACACUGCAUAAUUUGAAAACUGUGAUUUUUAUAUUUCUUUUAGAUAUUUAGAUCUGUUACAUGUUGUGAUGCGAGGCAUUAUAGAGACGCUCUAUCUAUUCAAAGUUGAACAUCAGCGUUACCAAAUUAUUUGUCUGUCGUUGUUUUCAAUGCUGUUGUUGCAACAAUUGAAAUCACAACAUGUCUUCGGACAGUCGUAAUAUUUUCAGGUAUAAAUUAUAUAUUAGAGGGAAGAAGGAUUGAUGUUACACUUUUCUUAUCGCGAAGCUUGGUUCAUGUUGCGUAGAUCGUAGUGUUCAUAUUGCCAAAUAGAAUCCACGGAGGUGCUACAGUCCGGUUGUGAGAUCCUUCUUUCCUGAGUCUCGCCCAGUAUUAGUCAAAGGAAAGAGCAUUCUCAGAAUUUGUGCCAUCAAUCCAGUAUUAAACGUAAUGCCCCUCCUUUGACUCGAUAUGUUUUUCAUAAUCAUCACAACUUUCUAUUAGUCAAUAUAAGAUUUUUAUAUGAAAUUUUUUAAGCUAGUUGUUUUUAUUUUUGCCUUAGGUAUUAUUAUAUUUACUUUCUUAUUUGAAAGUGGUUUAUUAUUAAGAUAAUUUGCACUUGUGUCCUUGUGGAUUUAAGAUGCCGACAUCCAUUAUGUCGGUUACGUAUUUUCACGCUUUUUAUAUGAAAUGAUUUAAGUCGAAAUGCUAUUCGUAAUUUUAUAAAAAUAAAUGAUAAUAUGCGAUAAUGUUUUGUAAAGUAUUGUUUCCGUUGUUGAUUGUAAAUAAAUGCAUUUUCUGAAAAUAUACACGCAAUAAAUCGUCUGAAAUUUAAA